GCCGCUGAAAGUACAUGGGGAUUUUGAUUUAACUUCGGAUGUGACUUGCAAGAAUGGAGAAAGCGAGGAGAUAGAGAUUGAGCGGACGAGCAACAACAACACAAAAGAAACAAGGAGGGAAUGCCGAAUGGACGACAUCAGACAAGGCACGAGAGGAGGUUUUGACUUCGAGCGAGAGCCAAAUAGCAUUCACCGCAGUUGUCCAAAGUCCACGCUUUGAAUACAUCAUCGUCCGCUCGAGUCUCUCGCAUUCUUUCCAUUGGCAUCUUUGGACCUCGUACUGCAUUCUAUUGACCGGCUCCAUCUCUUGAGGCUUCCAUUUGAUGAGUCACGACUGUAUACACAUCUCUCUCUCCUCUCCUGCCUCUGGUUCGCCUCACACACAUACUCUUCUACCCCUGCUGGCCGGGCUCGUCGUUCUUUGAAUAUCGCGCUUCUGACACGGCUGUGCUGUGCAUACAAUCAUGCGGUUCAUCACAACACUGCUCAUAGCAGGGUCGCUCCUGCUAACGGCCUCACGUGCACAAAACCAGGUCUACCUUCCUCCGGAUGCGAACAAUGGUACCAUCCCAACAGCGGCCUCGGUCCUGUCCCACCCGGCCAAGGAAACCAAUACACAGUACACCAACCUGCUGGGCAAUCUGCUGUGGUUCUACGAGGCACAGCGUUCAGGUGCACUACCCCUGGACAACAGAGUGCUGUGGCGCAACAGCUCCCUUACCGACGACGGCCAAGCCGUAUCACACGUAGACCUGUCCGGUGGCUAUUAUGAUGCCGGUGACACGAUCAAGGCCACCUUGCCCCUCUCUUGGACGUUGCAAUCGGCAGCUUGGGGUGCUGCCGCGUUCGGACAAGGAUACAAUCUGACUGGACAAGCAGAAUAUCUCGAUGGGAUGCUUCGCUGGGGGUUGGAUUGGAUGAUCAAGGCGUCAGAAACCCCCAAUGCGCUCUGGGUGUUCGUCGGCAAUAUGAGCGCAGAUGCUGCUUACUGGGGAGGCGACCAGGGCAUCCCACAGCCACGUUCUGCGUACCAAGUGACGAACACAAGUCCAGGUACAGACGUUUUUGCAGCUGCGAGCGCAGCCUUUGCUGCGGCCAGCUUCCUGUACAACGGCGGUGUUCUGCCAGUGAAUGGUAGCAGCCCCAAGAUCGGCGGCGGCACGUCGCCGCUCGCUUCUCUCCGCAAUGAGGCGUACGCGACCACUCUGCAGAGCCAUGCUGUCACCAUGUGGACUCUGGCGACUACGUCGAUGCCUAUGCAGUUGUACCAAAAGGUGGUCCCUGAGGUCGACCAAGUGUACGCAUCGACAGAUUACCUUGACGACCUCGUCUUGGCUGGCCUCUGGCUUGCCAUCGCUACGGGCAACCGCACCUAUUCGGACCAGGCAGUGACUUACUACACGCAGAUGCUCAACAGCUCCACGCAAGUCGCAUUAGGGAAACUAGGUGGAGUGCUCAAUUGGGACCAGAAGCAGCCCGCCACUGCUCCCCUGUUCGUCGCAGCUGCAACACUCAACUCCGCUCUUGGCAUUGACCAGAAUCGAUUCUCCGCAGAUGCAGAGGCCUAUCUUGACCUAGUCAGCUCUGCACGCCUGCCACAUACCUAUAUGACGCCUGCUUCGUCCAACAGCAGCGGUCUGCUCUGGUUCACCGGCGACAGCGAAGACAACUCGCUCAACCCUGCUCUUAAUGCUGCCUUCCUGCUGCAGUUCUACGAGGGCUUCUGCGCGGAUCCCAACAAGGCUGCGCACUAUCGCGACUUUGCCGACUCCCAGCUGGACUACACGCUCGGCAAGAAUCCGAUGAAUGCAGUGUAUGUCGUCGGUCAGCAUCCCAAUAGCGCACAGAAUCCGCAUAGCGCAUUCGCAAGCGGGGGCUCCGACAUAGGUAGCAUCGAUAACGACCCUCCCGUCGAGGCUCACGUCCUCUACGGCUGUGUCGUUGGUGGCCCUAACAGCAGAAACAAGUACUUCGAUCAGCGUUCAGACUACGUACAGACCGAGUGUGCGCUCGACUACAACGCGCCGAUGCUCUCGCUCAUUGCCGCGCGCGUACAGCAGCAGGCGUUCACCGCUGCGCCAAGCAAGAAUGUUGACCCAAAGAAUGGGGGGCCCUACGGCGAUCCUGUGUACGUCGCGCUUGCGCCUGGCACACGUGUCAAUCCGACGCGCGAUGCCCAAUCGAGGAGCGGCGGAGGAGUCACCCUUGCCGGCCAGCUCGCGAUCGGCAUCAUUGCUUCGCUCGUCUUUCUCGCAGCUUGCGGUGCCGCAGGCUGGUGGAACACGAAAAGGAUUCAGUACUGGCUCAGCGUAGGGGCGCAGCCGUCCAAGCCGGUAGCCAGGAUGCUUGACAAGGCCGGGCUUUUACCACAUGGAAAGUUCUUCAGUGGUGUCUGGAAGCCGCUAUCAGCACUUGAUGGGUCCAAAGCAGACCCAGCACAGCUCAAGCCGAACAAGCACGAAAAAGACGUCACUGGGGACUCCAAGCUGCCCUCCAGCGCGAGCAGUCUAAGCGCCAGCAUGGGCGCAGAAAGCAAAAAGGAUGGAGCUAGAUUGGCGCAAGCCGCAUGACCCUCGAUAGCGCGCCUAAGCAUAAGGAACAACCUCUACAGCCUCAAUAAUAAUCAGAUUUGCGUUUUACCCAUGAAACAGUUCUAGCGUGAACGGGUCUCCACAUGCGAUGCAAUAGCUCAUCAAGGGAAUGACUUCAAUCGUCUUCCUCCCCUUGUAAAGACAGCUCUGAGCUGAAGGUAUCGUUAUCUUGCGAAUCUAUCAGAGCAUUGUCUGCCAGGCCAAUUGCAACGAAGCUCAGC